AUGGGGCUCCCUUUAAAUGCAGUCAAGGUCUUGGAAUUGGCGGGUUUAGCACCCGGUCCAUUUACAGGUUUACUCUGUGCAGACUGGGGUGCUUCUGUAUUACGUGUCGACCGUCCUGUCCCAGGAGCUCACACUGACAAUGUUCUGCCUACAACUAGAGACGUGCUUAGCCAUGGGAAGACAUCUAUUACAGUCGAUUUGAAGAAUGAAGCAGGCUUGAAACUUAUCAAAAAUCUGUUGCCUCAUGUUGAUGUCCUGAUCGAUCCCUUCCGUCCUGGAGUCUUGGAGAGAAUCGGCCUGCCACCCGAUGAGCUCCUGCGAGUCAAUCCUAGACUUAUUAUCGCUCGGCUCACAGGAUUUCGUCGCGACGGCAAAUAUGCCAACAUGGCUGGGCAUGAUAUGAACUAUAUCGCAGUAUCAGGUGUCCUUUCAAUGAUCGGCGGAAAGGGACAGCGACCGGUGCCUCCCCUAAAUCUCAUGGGAGACUUUGCAGGUGGAGGACUAGUAUGCUUCCUUGGUAUUGUGUUGGCACUGUUAGCAAGAGUGUCUUCUGGGAAGGGACAAAUAGUCGAAUCAAAUAUGGUGGAUGGGAGCGCAUUUAUAGCAAUAUCACCGCGAUUGAAUAUGAAAACCCCUUUGUGGGACCGUCCGCGAGGCACAAAUCUUUUAGAUGGUGGUUGCCCCUACUACCAGGUCUAUGAAACACGCGAUGGACAAUUCAUGGCUGUGGCAGCAAUAGAACCACAAUUCUUCGAUCUGUUGCUCAAGGGCCUUUCCCUUACCACGUCAGAUCUUCCUGGUCCCCAGGAUGACCGUCACAAGACGUGGCCUUAUCUUUUCGAGCUCUUCACAAAUUUAUUCAAGUCUAAAUCGAGGAGAGAAUGGGAGGAUAUUUUUGACGGCACAGAUGCCUGUGUAACGCCUGUUCUUACCCAACAAGAACUCGAACAGAGUGGAUAUGAACAGCGACCAAUAGUUCAUCUGAAGAGUACCCCAGCAUAUGGAUACUCGUCGUCGCGGGGGGGCUGGACACCCUCCACUCUCUAUCCCGGACAAGGAGGAGAGACUACUCUCAAGGAAUGGCUUGGAUGGAAAAGGAAUAGAAAUUACAGCGUCGUAGACGGUGGGCUCGUGAAGGUUGAAGGGUCAAAACUGUAG